AUGUUGCCUGCCGAACUGGGUGGCUUGGAAGCUUUGAAAGAGCUCCUCAUUGAUGAGACUUCUGUGCGUGAUAAUCCCUUGGGAGGUGAUUCAAAGAAACUUGAAACUCUUUCUGCCUCCAAUCCCUUAUCACUGAGUCUCCUGCUCCAUUCAUUUGAACGCCUGACAUCACUUUCAGAACUCUCAAUAGAUAAUUCAAACAUUACUGAACUCCCUGAUGGAGUUGGAGAGCUGGUGAAACUCCGACGCUUGUCCUUGUCAAAUUGUCAUUGGAUACGAGAACUUCCAGAGUCCAUUGGCCAAUUGGGAAGGUCUUUAGAGGAGCUCGAUAUUUCGGGAAUGGGCGUUUCAGAAUUGCCAGAUUCCUUUGGAAAUUUGCAAAGUCUGAAAGUGUUAAAGAUGGACUAUUGCUUCUUAAGCGAAUUUCCUAGUUCUAUUUGGCAUCUACGUAGCCUUGAAGAAAUGCAUGCCUCCUCGUGUACGAAUUUAGAAGGGGAGAUUCCUGGAGACAUUGUGGAACUAAUUAAUCUGAGAAUCUUGAAGCUGCGAUAUUCUCCUAUUUCCAGCCUACCUCCUGAAAUCAAGUUUCUUUCUAAGCUGGAGACUCUUGAUCUACUUCACUGUGACAUGCUUCAUGAGUUGCCAGCUCUUCCGUCUGGUUUGUUUAUAGUGCAUUUGAGUCCAAAGCUAAAGGAAAAGGUGUCUAACCUUUUGGUGGAUCGUGGUUUCAUCGUUGUGUAA